CCGUAAAACAAUUAAGAAAAAGUUUAAAUUAUAUUUUUUGAUUGGAAAAUAAUUAUAUAUUGUAUACACAAAAUCAACUAAAAUGGAAGAAAUUCAAAGUACGGCUGGUGCUAUUCCUGUGCGAAAUGAGAAAGGUGAAGUGUCAAUGCAAAAGGUGAAAGUUCACCGAUAUGUCCAAGGCAAACGUCCAGAAUAUGCUCCACAGUCUACAUCUGAAGAAGAAUCUGAUGAUGAUGACUUUUUGGAUUCUCGUAAAGUGCGGGGUGCAUCUCCCACCACUAAUUUUGAUUCAGAACAGAUGAUUCAUUUACCAUCAGAUGUCUUAAAUGAUGCACGUCUCAAACGUUUAGGAGGUUUAACUGCCCGACAUGGCCAUAAAGAUAGGCGACUUUUGCAUGAGCCACAAAUUAUAAAGGAUGAUUCAUCUGAUGAUGAAUCUGAUGUUGAACGCAAUCGCAGGAGUCGUAGACAGGUAUCUGGUGAUGAAAAAGACAGUAAUGAUGAUGAUGGAGAACUUAGCGACAAUGAAAUAGAAAAAAGAAGACAACAAUUGAGACAAAGAGUUUUGAAUCAAACUAAAGAAAAGGAAAUGAAUGAAGUACUUGAAAAAGAAGAUGAAGGACAUAGUUCAGAUGAUGAUGAUAGUGAUGAAUCUUCAGAGUAUGAAGACUAUUCUGCAUCUGAUGAAGAAACUGGUCCUCGUCUUAAGCCAAUUUUUGUAAGAAAGAAAGAACGUGUUACUAUAUUGGAAAAAGAAAAAGAAGAAAUAAAACAAAAACAAUUAGAAUAUGAGCAAAAGAAGUUGGCCGAAGAAAGACGCAGAGCUACAUUAAGAAUGGUUGAAGAAGAAAUUCGUAAAGAACAAUCCUUAUCAAAAGCAAAUAGCGCACUUUCUGAACCAUGUUUAAAUGAUGUAAACACAGAUGAUGAAAAUGAUGAAAAUGAAUAUGAAGCUUGGAAACUUAGAGAAUUAAAACGCAUUAAAAGAGACAGAGAAGAACAUGAACAGCGAGAAUUUGAAAAGGCAGAAAUAGAGCGCCUUAGGAACUUAACCGAAGAAGAGAGAAGGUUAGAACUACGACUCAAUCCAAAACAAGUUACUAAUAAAGCAGCUAAAGGCAAAUACAAAUUUAUGCAAAAAUAUUAUCACCGUGGAGUAUUUUAUUUGGAUGAAGAAAAUGAUAUUUUCAAAAGAGAUUAUUCAUCAGCCACUCUUGAAGAUCACUUUGAUAAGACAAUUUUGCCUAAAGUUAUGCAAGUUAAAAACUUUGGUCGUAGUGGACGUACAAAAUAUACACAUUUGGUUGAUCAAGACACAACUAGUUUUGAUUCUCCCUGGGUAUCUGAAACUGCACAAAACUUAAAAUUUCAUACUAAUCAAGCAGCUGGUAUGAAACAAGUAUUCCAAAAACCUACUUUAAAGAAACAACGUACAAAAUAAAUCUAUGACUAUUAUAUUAUUUCUAUAGAAUAAUGAAUAAUUUUUAAUAAUAUUUUAUAUGAUAAUAGUAAAAUAAACAAUAUCAUUCUACAUUUCUACUAUAUAAGUUUUAUAUGCAAUAAAAUAUUAUGUCAUAACUUAAAGUCUUAAAAGUAUAUCAAUAAUUACUUGUAAUGUUGUACUAAUGCCUAAUGGCCAAUAGUAAUAAAUAGGGCGUGGAUUUUUAUAAUAAAUUCAUUACUUUAUUGAAUGUAGAUUUCUUAAUUCUUAUCAAAAAUAGUAUGUUUCAAAACCUCUUAUAUAAAAUAAAACAUAAUCAUUAUUACAUGUAAUAUUAAAAUUAAAACAUAUUCUUAAAUAUUUUACUAAUAGUAUUUUAAUAUUUACUCAUAUUACCUAUUCACAGACAUAGAUAAUAAUCAUCAUUCUACUGGUAAUAUUUCAAUCUGUGAUAAAUGAUAAUAGAGGACAAUAUAGAAAAUUGUAUCUGUUGGACAAUCUUUACUAUAGUGACUAGAUGCUCUAGAGUCUAGUAUAUUCAUUUGUUUUUCUUUUGGUACUUAUAUUAUAUCGUUUAAGUUUUAAAAAUAAAUGCUGAAUGAAAAAUAGUAUUUA